CAUCUCGCCAUCGAAGGAGUCCUGUCUUCCCCCCUCCCCCUCCCCGCUUUUUCCAACCUUCACUGAACCUUCACCAUCUCACCAUCACUCUUUGAACAUCCAGCGUUCUCUCCCUUCAUAAGUAAUUGCAGUCCUUGAAGAGCGUCGUUUCCCAUUUGAUACCAGACUUGUCAUUUCUUGCGUGUUUGUGACCCUUGAGACUCAGCAGCGUCCUUGACUGAUUCGUGCCGGCGCGUUCAUGGUCUUGAAUCACUAAAGGCUGUUGCCUUCUUCCCAGCCUAACCAGGACACGGUUCCCUACAGCCUCUGUGUGUAACGGGCAAACACGGUUGCUUCAGCUAUCGCAGCGCGACACGGUGUCCAAAGAUUGUUUUGGGGCCUCGAUCCUUCUGUAUCUCUUCAUGCGAUCACUCCGCUUCAGCGACACUGCCUCUCACCACUUUUGAAUCUCUCACUUACUUGGUCAAUUGGCGAAACCAUGGAGCACAUUUCUCCGGCUGAGGCGCGUGGACAUUCCUGCCUAGCAGCGCCCUCGAAAUCGUCGUUUCGUUCUGCCGGAGCGGGUGAUGAAUCUUCUCGAGAGACACCCGAUGACCCACUCCCAGAUAAUCGAAAGGAAUCCACCAGAAUCACCGUCACAGAGCGUACUGUGAACAAUCACAUACCCCCAAUGAUGAAGAUGCAACAUCCGACCUCUUUGAUCUUGAGAGCUAAGCAACGUGCAUCCAUACCUGCCUUGCUGUCGACGAACAAACCUCACCCUGAACGGACGGCGGGCGGGGGACAAAAGAGUGCCUUUCUCUCCAUCUUACCUCGCGAUCUACAUUUCCUCCUUGCUACCACCUUCGUCGAUUUUGACACGUUACUCGCUCUUCGACAAACAUGUCGCUCACUCUACGAAACGCUUCCCACGGAUGUAGUCCGCCGCGUUCGAUCCAAGAUGGUCAAGGAAAGCCUUGACAACGAGGCGGAGCAGUAUCGGGAGUACAGAUCCAUCUAUCCACGACAACGACUUGGUCACCUCUGGGACUUGCUUUAUGCCGCCUUUGAUUUCCGGCUUAUUGAGCGCCCCGCCAGAGAACUCCGAUGCUAUGGCUGUCUCGAGGAAAAGCCCUUGUGGUGCUUUGUUGAGCGAAUGAGCAACCGUGGCACAGGUCUAGGGGCCAAAUUUGCCCAAAACAGGCUAUGUAAGGACUGCAUGCGCAGAUACCGUGACAUUGAGGGGGAAUGGUGGAAGGAGAACUGGGUCAAGAAGAGCGAUAUGGUUCGCAAAUCGAGCAAAGGCCGCAGACUUCGUCGGUGGAUGCUUGAAGGCCGAAGCCUGGUCAAUCCGGACGAGGAAAUCGGAGUCUGCUCCUCCUGCGGCAGCUCCACUUUCGAGUUGUGGUGGGGAUGUGUCCCGUGCUUUGAACUGGAGGAGCAAAGACGACGGGAGGAAGAUCUCAUGGAAAUCGACGGCUUGGAGCGGAAAUUUGCCGAGGUCAUGGAGACCUGGCGAGGGCGGAAGAGAGUGACACGCCGAAGACGCCACGCAAGUCGCGAUCGCCGCGGGAGGAAAUGGUGGGCCACCAGCUUCAUAUUUGCAGGAGGGCUUGCAGACCGAAAGGCUGCUCUGAUUGAAUGGAAGGAGAACAAGGACAGCAAGAAGUCUGGGAGCGGUACGACCAAAGCCUACCAUCAAGACUCGCGGUGGCACGCCCUCGACCAGAUCCCGUUACCCAAGAGCCGCCGGGAAGCGAGGUGCUCAUCCUGUUGGGUCCCCAACUGUCCUCGGCGAACUUACAUUCUCGGGUUGGCGUAUGAAAGACCGCUGCCGAGGGAGCGUUGGUGUGCCGGGUGCAAACAGGAGUUCGAUCAACGACUUGCAAGGAAGGGGUACCGGAAAUGGAGAAUGAAGAUGAGCAACAACGAAAAGUCGGACAACGACUGGCCUGAGUCCUUGGCCUGGCUAUUUGAAGAGAGUUGAGGUCAAUAUAGACGCGAUUACGACGGACAUGAAGGCGCUUGAGGCGUUGGGACGCACGACACGAAUUCUUAUGACGGGUUCAUUGGGCCUCCAGACAAGACGAAAUGAUCAGAAUGUACCACAAAUGAAAUAAUCCCUUUCGCUCUCGGAUUGACAGCUGGCACACAUGCGUAGCAAAAUGGGUUUGGAGGUCUCUUUUCAACAGCAAUCUCUGCCCCAACCCUUCCACGAUGCCCGCCGAGCAGCUUGUUCUCGGCUCAAACCUGAAGAGAGAGACGUGGAAGUUGUUACGUGCUGAGUGAAGGCCUUGUCUACC